UGUCUGGAGGAGACAGCCAUAACUGAUGCUGAAAGUUCUGAAGACAAACAGAAGUGUUCUGAGCUAUGGCGUGCUGCAGCUUCGUGAAGUUUCCUUCCUUUUCCUAGUGCUGUGAAGGAAAGGAGAUGGCUCAUGCUGUCCGUAUCCCAGUUCCCUGCCCAGUCCAGCUGGGAAGUCUGAAAGGUGACUCCCUGGAAGCUCAGCUGCAUGAGUCUGUCAGAGAAGGAGACUAUGUGCAAGUGAAGCAGCUUCUGAAGAAAGGUGUGUUUGUUGAUGCUGUAAAUUCCGAGGGCCAAACGUCUCUCUUCACCGCUGCAUUACUAGGUCUUGGUAAAAUAGUGGCUGUUCUGUUGGAUUACGGCUCAGAUGCUAAUCAUCGCUGUUAUGAUGGAAGCACCCCAGUCCAUGCAGCUGCCUUCUCAGGAAAUCAGUGGAUUCUUAGCAGGUUACUGGAUGAAGGAGGUGAUCUGAGAGUGCAUGAUAAAAAUGGACAAAGUCCUCGAUGCUGGGCUGUGUCAGCUGGAGGAGAACACAGUGCUCAGAUGUUGGAGUUCAUAGAGCGCUGUGCAUUCCACAUGCAGGCUGCCAUUUGGAACGUUCCCUCUGAUCUCAUCAGGAAGGUUGGCUCACCAAAAGCACUGGCUCGCAGUCCAUCUAGGUUCCGUGGCCUUUUUCAAGGAAAUGUUGAGAAUCCUCUGGGUAGAUUUCGGAAAGGUGGAGCUAAUGCAGCCAAGAACAUUUACAGCUUUGGUUUUGGGAAGUUUUACCUUGCAGGCAGCAGGCAUCCAGGGUACUUGUCACUUCUCCCUGUUAUUGGGGAAAAAGACUUGGUUCAGGCUGAUGAUGAACCAACAUUUUCUUACCACGUUGGACCAUACAUGGUCAUGACAAACUUAAUGUGGGCAGGCAGCAGAGUUACAGUGAAGGAACUUGCCUUUGAGCCCCAUCAGAAGUGCAGUAAACUACGCUUCGCUGAUCUUCUCAUUGCAGAACAGGAGCACAGUAGUAAACUCCGUCAUCCUCGUUUGUUGCAGUUGAUGGCUGUCUGUCUGUCCAGUGACCUGGAGAAAACCCACUUAGUAUAUGAAAGGGUUAACUUUGGUUCUCUGUACAGCAUCCUUCAUGAAAGGCAUACAGAAUUCCCAGUACUGCACAUGGAGACUAUUUUGACUGUGCUGCUUCAAAUUAAUGAGGCUUUGCGUUUUCUACACUGCCGUGGAUUUAUCCACCGUUCAGUCACUUCCUAUGCUGUUCAAAUUGUCUCUUCUGGUGAGGCAAAGCUAUGCAACUUGGAGUACAUGAUAGAGAGCAAAGAUGGUGGAGAACACAGUGACCUGACCCGUAGUCCUGUCCCAGUCCAGCUGUACAGGUGGUGCUCUCCUGAAGUAAUCCUAGGAAGUGUUGUCACUGUUAAAUCAGAUGUUUAUAGCUUCUGUGCAGUAGUGCAGGAGGCCCUGACAGAGACUCUUCCCUGGAAAGGUCAUGAAGACUCGGUUAUUCAACAGCUCUUCACUUCAGGACAACGGUUAGAAGCAGAUGUCAGACUUUCUAUGCCCUAUUAUGAUAUCAUCAAGUCAGGGCUGGAACCUAAAGGGAAGAACCGCUCUGUGAAACUUCAUGAUAUUCAGUAUUUACUGAAAAAUGACUUAAAGGACUUAACUGAGUCUGGUCAUGCUGAUGAAAUGUCAAAAGCACGAAGAUGCCCUGUUUUUGCAGAUAUGAACAGCUGUUUGGCAUCAGCUUUUACCUACCAGGAAACACAGAAAUUGCAGUGUAAGGAGAUAACUGUGGCUGACAGCUUUACCGCCCCCAGAUACUCUCUUUCUCCUGAGAAUACUGCUGUAGUGGACCAAGAGGCAUCAACCAGUCUGCAGCCAGUUCUACGGGAUGAAAGUGGUGAUGUAACUUCUGAACUCCAGACACCCUUCAGUGUCAGUGAUGUAGAUGAUAGCCUCUGUGAAUUUGAAAUCAAUGAAAUCUUCACCAGUCUUCCAGAAUAUCAUGAAGACUUCCUAGAAGAAGGAGCUGGAUUAGGUCAAACUCAAAAGGAUGAAACAAGGCAGCUCAAAGAAGAUAAGACUACCCUCAGGGAGCUAUACACAGCUCCUGGAGCACAUUGUGAGGAAAAGCUAGUUGAUGAGGAGGAUGGCUCUUCAGAACUGGAUACUGACUACAUGACAGAAGAGGAGGAGAGCAUAAGUAAAGCUGCUGAAAAGCAAAGGAAGCUGCUUCAGGAAAUCAGAAUGAGUCAGCUUUCUGAGCAGAAUCUUCAAGACAGACACUGUAAGGGAUCUGAUGGUACUUCCCAAAGUACCAAUAACCCUUUUUCUGGAGAUGAUAUUUUUUUAUGGAAGGCUGUAGGUCCACUGUCAAGUGUCUAUAUUCCACCACCACUAAGGUGUCAGGCACCAGGAGCAUCGAAUGAAGACCAUUUCCAAGCUGUUUCACAGACAGCAAAGGAAAUUGAGGUAACUCAAAAUGAAAAGUGGAACUGCAUUCAUGAGAUGAGUGAAAGUAAAAAUGAAAACAAUCAUCAUGAUCUCAGCUUCGGUGUGAUCAGAAGACUGGAUGAUCAAAUGAGCCAUGACCACGAGCAUUUACUCCCACUUGUAUCUGUAAGAUGCAACAAAAAGUUCAACUUACAAUGUCAGAGAGGAGGUGAUUCACAUGCUGCAGCAAGUGGAAGUGAAGAAGAGAAGUGGUGCUCUUGGAAAUCAAGACCUGAAAUGUACAGAGCAGAAAUAAGCGGGGAGAGAAGGAUGAUGCAAUCAGAAUGGAGGACUGAAGUAAAGCGAAUGGCCAGGAGAGUGGCCUUAGGACAGCUAGAGUUUGGCUCUUCAUAUCCAGACAGUGAAUGUACAUCUGAAAGUGAAGCAGAGAGUAUAAAGGAUCACUUCCAACAUGUCACUACUAGAGUCCAAAAAGGUCAAGACCAACAAAGAUACAAGUGUCAGACAGGUCGCGCUGAGCCGUGGCAUCAGGGCACUGAGGAUAGAUCUGAAUGUGAGGAGAGUGAUCUGGAGUCUGCAUUCACAAGUGCUUCAGGGAGAAGUUGCCAGUUGCCAUCACAAGAUGAGCAAGCAGAAUCUGGAAUAGCCAUUCUUAAGGACUCAGUCCUUCCUCAACAAGUCAAGGAGCUCUCUGGAGAGCAUUCAGGGGAAUUACAUUGUUCCCUUGGUUCAUCAUCUGAUGUGUCUGAAGAAUUUGUGACUCUUGAUGGUGAUUGUUUCCUUCCUCCUCCUACCCAGAGAGGUUCAGAACUAGAGCUAAAAAUAACAGAGAAGACAGGAACAAAGUCUGUGUCAAGAACUUUGGAUACCUCAGAUGCUAAAGACAGAAUAGAAGGUGCUUGUGAAGAACUUUUGCAGACACUGUUACCUGAAGCUGCAGGGUCAGGUGUUGAGCUUUCAGGUAAAUGUGCUCUUUCUUUUGAGAGUACUUUUGAGUCAGGGAAACAAAGUCUUAUUGCACUUGUGCUUUUGUCAGCAGCACUCCUGUCAGAAGGCUGGAGCUUGGUUCUCCACAGUCACUUGAUCUGUUAUUCCUCACUAUUCUGUGGAAAAACACUGUUCAGCAGCACAGCAGUGCAGAACUGUGGCAGCAACAUGCCAGGAGUGAAUCAGCUUAGCCAUAUGCCUGUAGCCAGUGUUGAAACAGCACAAGAAGCAAUACUGUGGGAGACACGGGAGGAAAGCAAAGAAAAGGAUGUAUCAGUGGCAGACAUUCAGGAUUUGUCAAGUAUCCCGUGUGAGCAGGAGGACUACCUCAGGGAUAUAGACUGUAAGACGCCUAGAGCCAGUCAUGCACCCACCAACAUCAGCACUCCACUCAGCUCAGUAAAAAUGGCAAUAACCUUUGAGAAAGAUAAACACAGCCACGAAGUAGCUUCAGAUCAUUCCUUUUGUGGUUCUCAAGAGAUCACCUCUGAAGUGUCCAGGACAUUUACUACAGCCAAUGAAGAAGGAAGGAGCACUGCAAUUCCCUUGGGUGCUUCAGAAGUUUGCUCACCUGAACUGGAUGUGCCUGAUGGGUUGUCAGUAGCUGCUUCAUCCUUGAGAAGCACCAGGAAGGCAUCUGCACUCUCACAGGCAUCCAGCUACUUCAUUGAGGAGCUGCUGGAUGAAAUUGUUUCUGAUCAAAUUCAAGUGGAAGGCGGAGAGUCAGAAAAAGAAUCUGAGAGAAAUGAGAAGAGGAAUCACAGUUCAUGGACUUGGGACUCAUUUAAUCUAGCAGAGGAAACAGAAAGGGCUCACUCUACUCUUGAUGAUGUUUUAGAAGGAAUCCUCCAUGCAGUUCCUGGAGAAGAGGAGAUCCAAGAACAACCUCAGGGACAUGCUCUUGGGGCUGCAAGCCUGCAAGAUCCAGAAGAUGCUGGAAGGAAGAAGAGAGUGUUGGAAGAUGGAGCCAGGGCCAGAGCUACAGAGAGCAGCCCAGGGAGUUCAGAAGAUCUUCUUCACCCCUAAAGCUACUGGAUGGUGCUGUUUCUACCUCGUGCUUUUUUUGUUCCUGUUCAUGUAGGGAAAUGCUGCCUAUCUGUGACAGUUAAUAACGAGUUUCCAAGGUUACUGUGCUGCCAUGUGGUUCUUUCUGUGGUUUUGGAGGUUCUUUUUGGGGUUCUUUUUUGUUUGGAGGUUAUUUUUUGAGUUUAACUUGUUA